AUGGCCUGUAGAGUUUCGGCAGGCAACUUUAUUCACAAAACAGAAAAAGAAAUCUCACAAGCUAACGAAACAGAUUUUUUCAGCUCAGAAAGAGAUUAUAAAGAAACAGAAUUGACCUCUGAGACUAAAAAAAUGGAGUUAUUCACUAAAUGCAGAAUUAGAGGCCUGAAAAAUAACAUGGAAAAUGAAGUGAAUAGUCAUUGUGCAUAUAAUGAGUUGACAGAAGAUAUCUUUCUCAAUCAUACUUUUGAUGAAGAUGACUUCGCUAUAAUACAAGCGUUUAAAGAAGAUACACUGCCAAAAAAAGGGUUGCAACAAAGGAAGAUUAUGAUAUGA